AUGAAGGCCUUCUCUCUAUAUCUGUUACUCACGCUGUGUAAUCUCCUGCACCUGGGAGGCUGGGCAAUCGCUUCUACGGUGUACAAUGUGACCAGUACAGUUUCGCUGGCUCCUGCCUCGUCUCCUCGCCCUGAGAAGCCCGUGCAUGAUGCUGACUACCAUUCCUUCUCCAUUGAAUUCUGCUAUAUUGUGGACUACGCUGGGAAUGAUACACAUCCCAACCUGUUCUCGCGCCAGGUCAUUCAAAACCUCAAAGAUAUUGCUGGCAAGGCUCCCAUCUUCCGGGUGGGCGGAAGUACGCAGAACUCGGCGGUUUACUAUCCUGACCAGACAGAGGCGUUGAUUGAUCCGUUUGAUUCCAUUGCCUCCAGCCAGCCGCGUCACUCGUACUUUGGCCCGGCGUUUCUGCAGUCCUUUCGGCAAUUCCCCGCUGGCUCUAAGUAUAUCUUUGGACUGAACUUUUUCAAUGCUGAGAACGAAACCCUGUUUGAUGUGGGGGAUGGAUUGGCGCAGUGUGUUCUCGAGGCUCACGCUGCCUAUCACGCCAUUGGGGAUGCGCUUUACGGAUUCGAGAUUGGUAAUGAGGUCGAUUCAUGGGCCAGAGGCCAACGACGACCGGCGAACUGGACAAUCCAAGACUACGUCGAUCAAUGGAACGAGUAUGCAUCGGCUAUCAGCAAGAAUCUCACCCAACAUGAUGCGGAUCAGCUGUUCCAGGGAUGUGCUUUUGAAGCUCCGCGCCAUGUCACGGCGGCAACGGACUGGAACGUGGCGAAUGCCGAAGCGGACGGGAUGCGUGCGGAUAAGGCGAAGAGCGUGGCAGACCAUGAGUACAUGGGUGCAGCCUGUGACUACACCGGGGUGGGCCCCACGAUCGCGACGACGAUCUUCGACCGGACAAAUGUGUUGUCGCGGGUGUGGUAUCACGACUACCUGGGCAACGUUACCGCGGCCUCAGACAUUCCGUAUGUCUUGGGCGAGACCAAUUCAAUAUCAUGCCAGGGCGCGCGGGGCAUCUCGGACGUAAUGGCGGCGGCGGUCUGGGCGGUCGAUUACGUGCUGUACCUCUCGUCGCUGCGGGUGGAACGCGUGCAUUUCCACAUGGGCACGCGAUACCCCUACGCCAGCUGGCUGCCUGUGACUUUCAACGAGACGGCACCCACUCAGACCGAGGUGCUGGUCAACACCACCGACUUCGGCGCCUACGCUGUUUAUGACAACGGCCAGUUGGAGUCGCUCGUCGCGGUCAGCCUGUCGGUGUGGAACUCCACCUCCCCUGCGGCCCAGCGGCCAUACACGGCGCUUGAGUUGCCGGCGGCCGGCUGGGAAAAUGCCAAGGUGAUGAGAUUGACCAAUCCAGGCGUGGACGUGGCCGCCAACAUCACGCUGGCGGGUCAGUCUGUGAAUACGCAGGGCGAAAUCGUUGGCAUUGCGGAGUAUGAGAAGGUGCAACGGAGGAAAGUCUGGGUUGGAGCUGGGGAGGCUGUGUUGAUCAAGCGAGGAUGA